CUUUCUAGAAAUCCGUGAGCGAACAUGGCUGAGGAUCAGGGAAACGCAUAUGGGCUGUACAGACCCCAAGUAUACCUGUUUGGUUGUGAGCUGAAGCCUGAGAAAAAAGAAUACAAAUUUGAUGUUGUAGACGAGGAAGCAGAACAUCAGCUGUGCCUCAAGUCGAUAUGUUUGGGAGCAGAGGCAGUAGAUGAGUUUCACACAGUAGAAAUUGAAGGCUUGAACUAUGAAGGAGCAAUGACAAAAGUGCAACUUGCAGUUCUUAAACCAUCAGUUAUUCCAAGUAUAAGUCUAGGAGGCUUUGAAAUAACACCUCCAGUCACAUUCCGUCUCAAGUCUGGUUCAGGUCCCGUGUUUAUCAGUGGCCAGCACUUCAUCAGUGCACAGGAGGAAGAAGAUGAUGGCGAAGAAGACGAGGAGGAGGAGGAGAAUAAUACAUCUCCUGUGAAGAGGCUUUCAGACACCCCUUCAAACUCCCUUCCUGUACCGAAGAAGCUGAAGUUUGAUAAAGAGGUAGAAGAUGAGGAUGAAGAAGAGGAUGAUGAUGAUGAGGAUGACGACGAUGAUGAAUAUGACGAUGAUGAGGAGGAAGAAAAGGAGAAGGGCUCCCCACCAAAAACACCACAGAAAAAUGAGACUCCCGGGAAGAAAAAAUCAGAGCCAAAAUCUGUGUCAAAACAAAACUGUGCACCUGGGAAAACAGGAUCUCCCGCAGUCGAGCCUCAGCCCAAGACCCCAUGUGAGAAAAAAGAGAAGUCUGGAGCAACUACGAGCCUCAGUGUUAAUGAAAUCAAGGACAAACUAAAAACCAUGGUUAGCAAGGGACAUGCCCUACCAAAAUCACAGUUGAAAUUUGCGAACUUCGCAAAAUACACAUUCAAGAUUGUAGAUCAGAAGGUAGCAGAAGAACUCUGGAACCAUCUGCAAAAAUUGAAAGCGGAGAAGAAAUAAUUAUCUUGUUUUCUGUAACAAAUUGUUUUGUUUGUUUUUAUUUUACAUUUUUAAUGGAUUGUCAUUAUAAGCCCUUGUAGACAUGCAUAACUGUUUGUUUCCUCAAAGGAAUUGAAAGUGUCCGUGCACAAUAGUAAUACUUGCGCUCAUUUUAACAAGGGUGUGCAUAAACAAGUUAUGUAGCUGUGUAGUGCUCGCUGUUCAUGCACACAUACGUACGUACAUAUAGAAUUCAUUCUACAGAAAAUGGAUAUGAAUGGAGAAUGUAAUUUACAACCUUCAUUUUCACCCACCCACCUUUCUAGUUGUUGCCAUUUGGCCGUGAUGGUCAAUAGGUCCUCCCCAACCCGCCACAAAUUCUUCUUAUUUCUUAUUGUCACUUUUGCCCUCGAUUUUAGGAUUUGAAUAUCCUAAUCCCAAUUGUUUUGCUGAGUGUUGUUAUUCAAACCAGGAUUGGGUCCUGAUGGAUAAGCAGGAGUGUGCGAUAUGGGUCCUUUUUUUUUUUUUUUUUUUUUUUUUUUUUUUCCCCCAGAGUAGGUGCCCUAUUUAAAUGAAUAAAGAAAACCACUUAACUGUAUUUGGCCACUGUUCUGGCUUGGUUUUCACAUUUUUUUGGCUGCAGGUUUAUCGUGUUUUGGCAGAGCAUCCUGUAUAUGUCAUAUUGUACAUUCAUGGCCGCUUCACCUCAGAGCAGGAGAAAACAGAAGUUAUUUUUGUAUCCCAUUUACUGGGCUAAAAUUAGUUAACUGUAAAAGGUGAUUGUAGUUUAUGUUGUGCUACGUUGCUGUUUAAGAACAAUUCUUGCGUAUAUAUUUGUUUCCCUUUUUAUUUUAUUGCAUUUGUUUAUGGUUUUGUAAAAAUGUGAAUGUAUUAAGAAGCUGUUCAUAAUUAGAUAUGGCUGAUCCACUAACAAAGCCCAGUCCUUUAGCAUUAUAUCAUGCGGUUGUAAAACUGUGGGUAGCAGUAAUGUCUUGCAGAAGUAUAUUGCAUGGUUUUACUAACUGCUAAGAACCUUGUAAAGGUUUUUUUUUUUAUUAUAUAUUUUUUUAUGAAGUUAAAGGCAUGCUGAAAAAAAUAGGUUGAUUAUUCUUUUAAGUGUCACAUAGUUUCAAUAAUUUUAUUUACUCUUCUGUAAAAUCAAAGCAGCUUUUUUUUUUUUUUUUUUUUUUUUGCUAUUACUGAGAUUUAAUAUUUGCAAUUUAUAACCCCCUACUGCUGCAUGUAAUAGCUGGAGCGUACCAGUUUGACUCAGAGUGACAAAGUGGGGAGGAAGAUUGUUCCUGUCCAGCUGCCAUUGGUAAUGAAAGCAAACAGACUGGUGUAUUUGAUAAAAAGGGAUUUAGAGUUGAACAUGGUAAAACUGGGCAAUGGAAACUUAGUGUUCGCCUUUCCUAAGUGGUAAGCGAACUAAACCUUAGCAUUGAUACUGUUCAUGUUUACUGUUUUGUCUGUGAACGUUACAAAAAAAAAAAGGUAAUCAAAAUGUUCCAAACUACUGUGUUCCAGUUAGUGUUACUUAUGCAACUGUUUCAACCAAGAAUGGACAAUUGAUGAACCAUCCAAAACUGAUUUUGUUGAUUUAUUUUUUCUUGUAAAUUAAAAGAAACAGUCAAAGGUUGUGCUGUCCUUAUUUUAACAACUUCUUAAACAUGUUUUUAGGGCUAACAUCUAU